UCAGAUAUUAUGUCGAGCAUCCUGUUUGAGCAAGAAAAUGCUUGCCUUCAUCCAGCGGGCUUGAGGCAGCGGCUCCAGUCAGCUCCAGGUAAACUGAGAACGUCUGCUGGUGCCAAAAACCUCCACGCUCUUCAGUCUGGGCGGAAAGCUUUGGGGACAGUCAACAAAGUACCCAAUCAUCCCCAGUCUACACAUAAUUUACAUAAACGGUUAAAGCCUCAGGAAUCACAGGUGAAGGUUACACAAGACAACUCAGACAAGUAUCCAGACAUUGAGAAAUUCAUCCCGUAUGACCCCUUGGAGUUUGAGAAAUACUCCAUUCCUGAGGAUUUGCUUCCACUGAGUAGGCUUGCUCUUCCUGGACUGACUGAGUUGCCAAAAGCAAUUCUUCCAGAGGAAUCCCAUGUGUUAAUUCCUCUCGCUGACAUGUCUCCAGUUAAGAUGCCAAGGCCGUUGGAUUAUUGCUCAGAGUUCAAUGACUUUCUCCACACACUGGAUGAACUGACUGUAGACCUUCCUCCAGAAUCUGAUCUUGACUAAAAUGACUAUUGUGUGCUUUUUACUUUUUUGUUUUUAAUUGAAUAAAUUUUACUUGACCG